AUGCUAGUUUAUGUUAAGUUUAUGAAGGACCUCUUAUCAGGAAAGUGUAAAUUGAAGUAUGAUGAGAAUAUCACUUUAGCAGAAGAGUUAAAUGCAAUCAUUCAACUAAAGCAUCCGCCCAGACUCACUGAUUCAGCUUACCGUUAUAUCACCUAUUCAUAUGGAGUUCUUAAAGAUGUAUUGGUUAGAGUGGAAAAUUUGUUGUUUCCAGCAGAUUUUGUGAUUCUUGAUAUUCCAGAAGACUCUGAAACACCACUACUUCAAGGUAGACCAUUAUUCGCAACAUGUAUAGCUCUCAUUGAUUUGGAGAUGGGAGAAUUGGUUUUGAUAUUCAACAAAGAACAGGUUUUGUUUAAUGUGUUUGAAGCCAUGAAACAUAAAAAAGAGAACCUGCAACACUAUAAAGUUGAUGUAGUUGAAAAUAUAGUCGAGGAAGUGUCUCCAAGUGAGUCGCAUUUUUUACCUAUUGAAUAUAUUAUGGCGAAUUCUAUUAACAUGAUUGAGGAAAUACAAGAUAAAGAAGUCAAGGAAUAUGUGCAUGUCAUAUCAAAAAGUGAGACUGAGUAA